UGAGUGCGGGUUGGGGGACGAGGGAGGGUUCGACCCCGAGGGUUGGGGAGGAGGCUUCAGAAACAUCUUGUGUAGGCCGCAAGCCCAACACCGAGCCCCGGCGGAAAGCCUCGGGCUCUGGCUCUGUCCGCAAACAACACGAGGAGUAAAUAUUGAUUCAAACUGGGAUUGUCUGCUCUGAAUUUCUAUCCUGCACCGAUCGUGGUUAGCUGUUCUGCAAACUCCCUUUACGGGGUGUGAGGGAAGGGUUUACAGAAACAAUUCUCUCACCAAACCAAAUGGUAAUGUCACUCGGAGCCUGGAUAUCAUCCAUCUGGAAAUGUGAAAGGAGAAAUCUUUCUCUGCUCUGAGCGGGAAGUGGGGGUGAAAUUCAAACAUCAGGGUAACUGGAGAAAACAGAGACAAACACCGGUGGUUCCAGCACAAGGCAACAACCUCAAGGCAGUUACGCAGCCUGAAGAAACAUCAUGCUAUUCACAAUGGGGAGAAAUUGUACAAGUGUUGUCUGUGUGGAGAAGUAAUCAUUGAACUGGGAGGGACUAAUGGAUACCUGCGCGAUGGAGAAACCGUGGAAAUGUAUGGAUUGUGAGAAAGGAUUCAAAUGCCCGUCCGAAUUGGAAAUUCAUCGACGUAGGCACACUGGGGAGAGGCCAUUCACUUGUUCUGAGUGUGGAAAGGGAUUCGCUCAGUCAUCUCAUCUGCUGACACAUCAGCGUGUUCACACAGACAACAGACCCUUUAAAUGUCCAAACUGCAGGAAAUUUUACAAAAGUUCGAGGGAGGUGAUGCUUCAUCAACACGUUCACUCUGAUGAAAGACCCUUUGUGUGUGCUCAUUGUGGGACAGGGUUCAAGCGAUCAGCUGAUCUCACUGUACAUCAGCGGGUUCACACUGGCGAGAGGCCGUUCUCCUGUCCUGAGUGUGGGAAGAGAUUUACUGCAUCAUCCAGCCUGCGGAUACACCAGCGUCUUCAUUCUGCAAAGAGACCAUUCACCUGCCCUGAUUGUGGGAAAGGAUUCACUAAUUCAUCUGAGCUGCUGAUACACCAGCGAGUUCACACUGGGGAGAGGCCAUUCACUUGCCCGAAAUGUGGGAAAGGAUUUGCUCAGUCUUCCGUCCUGUUAAAACACCAGCGGGUUCACACUGAGGAGAGACCUUUUAAAUGUCCAAAGUGCAGGAAGUUCUAUAAAAGUUCUGGUGAACUGAUGGUCCAUCAACGUGUUCACUCUGACGAGAGACCAUUUUCAUGCACUCACUGUGGCACUGGGUUCAAGCGAUCAUCUGACCUCACUGUACACCAGCGAGUCCACACCGGGGAGAGACCGUUUUCUUGCUCAGAGUGUGGGAAGAGAUUUACCACUUCAUCCAACCUGCUGACACACCAGCGCCUUCACUCUGCGAGCAGACCAUUCACCUGUCCUGAGUGUGGAAAGGGAUUCACUAAUUCAUCUGCGCUGCUGAUGCACCAGCGAGUUCACACUGGAGAGAGGCCAUUCACUUGCUCUGAAUGUGGGAAAGGAUUCACUCAGUCAGCCACCCUGCUCAGACACCGGCAAGUUCACAUUGAGCAGACGCCACUUACCUGCUCUGAGACUAGGAAUGGGUUUACUCUGUCAUCCCACUUGUUGAGUCACCAGCAAGUUCACAAAUGACUGAAGCGACUGGAAUUUUCUGUGCAUAGCCAGGACUAAACCAUUUGAUUUCAGGCCUAUUCCUGCUGAUAUUAUUAAACUUCAGCCCAAUUUUAGGGGCUAAUGUUCUGGCUGAAAAACAAUCACAUCAGCUUUGUGUUCAGUACAGUGUGUUAAGUCUUUUUUUAAUAUCUUGUUAGUUUCUCCCCCUUCUCUAUCCUCUGACAACAAAUGCGUGGAUGUUGCCUUCUACAUCACUGAGAUUGAGACAGUCUGAUCAGCUGCCCCUGCUGCUUCCAUCUCAUGUAUAAUACCUUUCGACAAGGAACCAUUCAAAUGGGGAAGAAAACAGGAAUGUAAUUGUGCUGGGAGCAGUAUAAUUAAAGGGAUAGGCCCUCAAAAGACAAUCCCUGUUGGUUCCAGGAAUUGAAUGUAACUUGUGUUUCUUGUUUUCCCAUUCUAUAAAAGGUUCGUGGUUUCAACUAUUUGAACCGUUCCCUACAUGUGAUGCUCCUACAAUGAACAAUGACAAGCUAAUGCUACACUGGGGAAAGAGAAGCAUCCCCGAGACAGGGUUCUGAGACUGUCUGGUGCUAAGGAUGGGUAGCCUGAUUCUUUUAGCUGUUGUUACUUUUGACAAUUGAACUGACAUGUAAUGACAUAAAGUAGUAAUAUACUUACAAAUGAGUUUCUGCUUACAAUGAAUUGCCACCUAUGCCAUCUAGGUGCCCUCAGUAAUAUUCCUGUGUUGUUUCUCUCCAACGCCAUGCACUCUGGGUUCUUCUUGGCAGGCUGCGAUUGACCUGAUGCACAGUUUGGCUUUAAAUAUGAAGUUGCUGACAGAAUUCCCAGAUGAUCCCGGCAGUAUCAAACUCCUCUGUCCCUGUUGAAAAUACACAGCCAUAGAAGCCUGUGGUGCAUUUAUAAUGAGGUGAACAGCAGAGCAUUGUGUGAGAUAACUCACUGAGAGCGCACGGAAAGGAACACUCCACGAAAUUGGCCAAGAAUGGCACCCACUGAUUUUGUGUAAAAUUGAGCCUAUGUUUCCUAUUGUCAGUAAGUCCAGAACUAGAGUGUUUUAGAAUUAGGAGUUGCCCUUUCAAGGGAGAGGGAAGAGAAGUUUUUUCUCCGAGUUCAGCAUCUAGGGGCUGUCUGUCUCAAAGUGUUGGAGAUGGAAUCAGUAAAUAUUUUUUGAGACAUAGGGAGUAAUUUUUUUGUUUAGCAAUGGGAUUAAUGAAUAUUGCGAAUAGAUUGGAAUGUGUAAUUUAAUGAUCCUAUUGAAUGGCCGUACAAGCUUGAGAGGCUGAAUGACACAGAUCAUCAUCUAAUUCAUAUGUUUGUAUGAAGCUGGGAACUUGGCAGUGAGUAACUCACCUUCUGUCUCCCCCCUAGCAAGCAGUAUGUACUGUCUACUGGAUGUGCCACAGAAACUGACCAAGGCUGUAUUUGCUUAUUUCCCUUGGCAUAGUCCCAAUAUCUCAGGUAUUGGUUAUAUUAACAAAUGCAUUUCUCUUUAAAAGUUCAUAAAUAAGGAUACUAAUGCCUCCAUAUGAAGCUUUCCAUUAAUUAGUCUCUCCUACAAUUUCCUUUCACUGCAAGGUCCAUCAGCUGAUAUAUUCAACUUAACCACAUUCCAGGUGAGUUAUUCCAAUUGCAAUUCCCACUCGGUGCUGUUUCUUCCCUUAAUUCUGUCUCAAACUCUCAAUCACUUCUUUUCAUACAAUUGUACAUAUCCCAUUAUAGUUACUUUCCUGUCUCAUUCAUGAACCCUGGAGACCGAUGACUGUCCAAUGCUCAGAAUAUCUUUCAGACAGGAUUGAAACAUUCCCAUCUGAUUCUGAGCAUUAACAUGUGUUUAUUUUAUUUGGUGUUUAUUGCUUGGACAUAUCCUGGUACAUUAUGCCUGGAGUAAUUUUUAUUUUAACUUUAGCCAAAUU